AUGGAUAUUCCAGAACUCCCCCGUAGGUUAUACACAUCAGGGGAAGAGCCAGAAGCCCACAAUAGCAUUUCGUAUCAUACGGAUAACAGCAAGUUGCAUACUGCUCUUAGGAAAGCUCUUACUGAUGACGAAUUUGAAGAGCUCAAGGAGUCGAGUUUGGGAGUUUUCAUCAAGUUCAAGGAGCAGGGAUUUGGUUGGGCUUCAAGGCUGGUUCACUACAUGCUCAGUUUCAAGCUGGACAUUAAGAAGAAGUAUGAGAUGUGGUCUCUCGUUGGUCCAGAACCUUUGAGGUUUUCACUGUUAGAGUUUGAAAACCUCACUGGUCUAAACUGCGAGUACAUCGAGGACCUUGAGACACCAAAAUGUGACGUUACCCCAGAGAUGGUUUCUUUCUGGGGGAUGCUGGGAGUUCAUCUGGAAGCUGGGCCAACUACUGAUCAGAUAAUAGCAGCACUGAAGAGAUGCGGGGAUUGGUCCAGGGAAGAUCGCAAGCGGCUCGCGUACCUCUCCAUCUUCACUGGAUUCAUUGAAGGGAGAAAGUUUUCAACCGCUACACGAUCUACUCUGGCAAGGCUAGUGAUGGAUUUAGAACGGUUUGAGAAUUAUCCAUGGGGGAGAGUCGCGUUUAAGGUGCUGAUGGACUCUUUGUGGAACAAAGAAAUUGCUGGCUGUUACACCGUGGAUGGGUUUAUACAAGUUCUUCAAGUCUGGACGUACACAGCUAUGCCGGAAUUGGGUGCUAGUAUUGGUGGUCCCAGAGCAGACAGUCCGUCUCCACCGAUACUGGCUUACGAGGGCAGCAGAGGCCGCAGAUCAAUGAAAGCUGCUAUCUUGAGUCAGACCCGCGUGAUCAACUUUGUUGAGAAGGACAUUAGUGAAAUGUGGCCAAAAUGGGACUCUGAGGUUGAGGACCUGCCCGCGGAGAACAUCAUUAAAGUCAUGUAUGAGCGGAGACCGUGGAAGUGGACCAUGGAUUGCUGGGAAGUCACUGGUACUAAGGUCAAUACAAAACCUAAGGUUGUGACUCCAUCGAAGAAGGCCAAAGAGAUGGUUGUGUUGGAGGAGGAGGAGGAGGAGGAGGAAGACAAUCCAAGACCUCGGAAGAAAGCUCGUAAAGAGGCUCCUGAAGAGGCUAGAGAAGAGGCUAGAGAAGAGGCUAGAGGGGUGACCAGAGAGGAGCUAUGAAAAAAGGGUUUAAUAAGUGCAUGAGAGAGUAGAAACAAACAGGCUACCCCUCAAGAUAAACAGCCUACCCCUCUUGCCAAAGAAACCGGGGGUAGAAACAAACAGGCUACCCCUCAUGCCAAUGAAACCGUGGUUAGUAACCAGCCUCCUCCUCAUCAAACCAAACAGCAGCCUCCUCCUCCUCAAAAGAAACAGCAGCAGCCUCCUCCUCUUCAAAAGAAACAGCCUCCUCCUCAAAAGAAACAGCCUCCUCAAAUCAAAGAUAGAUGGUUGCCGGAGGAUACAGCAACCGAGGCGAACUCGGUAAAUAAAGCAGAUGGUGUCACCUCCAAAGAGAUUGUUGCUGUCACUUCCACCGAUCACCAACCGAGCCUCGCUUCCACAGAUCAACAACCGAGCCUCGCUUCCACCGAGCCAAGCGAUCCAGUUUCACAACCGAGCCUGGUUGUAUUGGACAAGCGUGCAAAGAGUAAACGAGCGAAGAAACCUGCUCCUACUGUGAGAUCUCCUUAUAUGGCAGAGAAAAAAAAAGAUAAAGUGGCAGCCUAUAAUCCAUUUCCGCCAGUAAACAAAGAAAAGUUGAAGGAACUCGCUGAUUGGUUGAAAACUGAUCCUCAUUAUUUAACUAAGAUCGAGGACAAACCACGUACAUCACCAACAAGGUGGUACCACUUCCUCCGGACAGCCAGAGGAUGGCUGGAAGACUGCCAUAUAGAUGCUUGGAUUAAUGUGCUAAGGCAGAGGUAUCAGGAGAACCCACAAGCUUUCAGGAGCGAGCGAAUGUGCUUCCUGGAUCACAACUUUUCUCAGUCUUGGAGAGAGCAGUAUCAGCUCUUCAAAACAUCGGAACCUGAUCACAAAGGUUUAGGAAGAGUUCUACCUGGUGGGGCGUCGUAUUUUUAUGACGGAUCAAUACCUUCAUUUUGCCAAUCAAACAAGAAGUGGGGGGAGGACAUUGAUGAUAUCUAUGCGCCAGUGAACUUGGACGACAAGCAUUGGGUUGCUAUUUGGAUAUCGAUCCCUAAGAGGCACAUAGUCGUCUGGGACAGCAUACCUUCAUCUAGUGUACCAGACGCAUGGGAUGCGAUAAUGGAGCCUUUUCUCCAGAUGGUCCCUUAUCUGCUUGUUGAGUGCGCAGCCACCGACGAAAUGCGGGUCAAAUACGGGUUGGAGCCAUACACAUAUGAGAGACCGCUGAAAGGUGUACCCACGGCCAACAAUGGUGAUUGUGGCGUGUACACUGUAAAGUACAUUGAAUGUCAUGCGCUCGGGGGCUCCUUUGACCCUAAAGACUUUGCUAGGUGCAACGCGAAGAAAAUGAGGGAUAAUAUGGCGGUGGAUAUAUGGAAGGAGCUUGUUGAUCAGCAUCUGAAAGAAAAUGUGGAUGGUGAUAAGUUCGUGGGCAUGUAUGAUUAG